CAAAAACAUGGACGCGUCUGGUUGAAUCUAUGAAUAAAAUUUGCUUUUAUAUGCAAAAAUGUCGAUCAACAAAGUAAUUUUCCGGUAUUUUCAGUAGUUUAAGUUAAAAAACACCGCUACGCGAUGGACUAUAAACCGAACUUUAUAUGCUUCGAUCAAGUGUGUAGAAUUUGUAUGAAAACCAGUGAUGGUUUGCAGUCAAUUUUCGGUCAUCCGCAAGACAUUCCGGAAAUUGUUAUGCUGCUUUCAAAAGUUGAGGUUCUCGAAAGCGAUAAUUUACCGAAGCAGAUAUGUCCCGAGUGUAUGACCUACGCUGGAAACGUAGUAGAGUUUAAGGAACGUUGCCUACAAUCUGACCGAACAUUGAGAGAGUACAUUUCGGGUAGCUACGAAGAUCGUAAGCAGAACUUUCUGAAACAGGAGCAUGGACUGCUGGUGGAAGACACUGAUAGUCUACCUCUGGGGCCAGAGUUUAUCAAAUGUGAGAUCGAUGAAUCGGCCAGCGAUAAGUCCGAUGAAGGAGGUAACGAUUUUGAGAUUGUCGAUGGAAAUGACAGCUAUAGUGAAGAAGAUGAUGCUGGCGAUGAAAACUAUCCUGAGCACGAGAAAGUUAAAAUUGAUCGUCGAAUCCGAAGGCGGCGUAGGAUACGGAAAACUGUGGAGGACGAUUCGGAUGACGAACCCUUGAUCGUGAAGCGUAUAAGAAUAGAAACUCACGGUUGUACAACAUGCGAUGAAAAGUUUACAAACAAAUCCCUCAUCAAGUUUCACAUGAAGAGUGAUCAUGCUGACGACAAAACCGCCCCGGAGGAUAAGAUAAGACGGUGUUUUUACUGUCCGAAGGCGUACUCAAACUAUGAGCUUCUCAAAAUUCAUCUGAACUUCCAUCCUCGAAAUGAGUGGAUCUGUCCAAUGUGCGGUAAGGAGAUGAAGAAGAAAGGAAAAUUCAUAGACCAUUUGAGAAUGCAUGCAAAUGAGAGACACUAUAAGUGUGACAUAUGCGAAAAGGAUUUUACCUCGCACAAGUACAUUUCAAACCACAUGAAAAUGCACAAAAAGAAGGGUGAGAAGGAGGAUAAAUGCAAAUCUGAUGACUCGAGUGAUAGCGAAUUUGAUCCGGCUGAAGAUGAAAAGGAAGAAGAGGAUGAUGAAGAUUUUAAUUCGUCAGAUAAGGAUAAGAGUUCAUAUCAACCGAACCCCGAAGCUCCUAAGGUUUGUCCAGUGUGUGGUGAAACGUUUGAAAAGGUGAUAUACGUUAAAUUCCAUCUCGAAAGUGAGCAUAUUCCUCUGGAUGAAUCCACAGAUAGAGUACAUCAUUGUGCGACAUGCAAGAAAAAUUACAUGACAUUCGAACAGCUGACUAAUCAUAUGAAACUUCACUCGGAGAAAAUCUGGAGCUGUCCUGAAUGCAAAAAACAGUUCCGACGUUUGGACAAAUAUAAAGAUCAUCAGAAAAUUCAUCAGAAUGAUCGUACCUUCCUCUGUGCACAUUGUGGUAAGGAUUUCCCUACGACAAAGUACAUGAACCGGCACCUACAAACACACAUGAAGGAGAAGGUUCAAAAACCGGACGAGGAGUUUGAGUGUGAAGUUUGUGGUAAAAAGAUGAAAUACAAAUCCAACUACACUAAUCACAUGAAAACCCACGGUCCGGAACAUUCAAAGCAGAUCAAGGCGGAUCCAGAUUCUCCGCCUAAGAAGAUCUACCUUUGUAGUAUAUGCGGUCGGAAUUGUGGUUCUUCAAGCAAUCUAACAGUGCACAUGCGUCGACACAACGGCCAAGCGAUAUGCUCCUGUUCUGUCUGUGGCAAAGGAUAUCCACGAAAGGCUGAUCUGGUUAUGCACAUGAGGAGGCAUACAGGUGAAAAACCAUACGAAUGUCCUACUUGUGGGCGUGGAUUUGCUAGGAGAGAUAAGCUUCGAAUUCACAUCCGAACUCACACCGGCGAAAAACCUUACGCGUGUCCUUGUGGGCGCGCAUACGCUCAGAAAAAUGAUCUCAAGACACAUCAGAAGCGCAACACGUGCGGUCAAAACUUUGACAUCACCAAACUGAUGGCGCCCUAUCAGCCGUCGAUUUGUGUUCGCCCUCAGCAUGCUCCUCAAGCGGCCCCGAAGAGGGAGCUACCACCACCGCCAGUGCCGGUCUCCGCGAGUACAGCAGGUCCUUCAGUUUCGCAAUCGUACCAUAAUACUAAUCCCACCUAUUCGGUUGCUCAACCGAUGACUAGUGGAAUGGUGAGUGGUAUCGAUAGCGGACACAGCAUUCCUCCGUCUCCACAUCAUGAUCUGAGCAGAAUGUCUGACUCGGUGCCAAACAGUCCAGUGGAUUUGAUGACACAUCGGCACCAGUUUGGAGCCUUUCCGGGUCACAUGGUUCCGGGAUUUCCCAAUCCUUAUCAGCAGCCUAAGGUAGACAUGUGCAAUCAGUGAGCGUGUUUUACUUGGAUUCCGAUGAUUUUUUUUGGCGGAGAAUGUGUUUUCGUAUGCAAACGUUUUAAGUAAGGCAAUAAAGUUGCUAUUUAA